CGCCGUACACUACGUUCGCGGUCGUGCGAAAGUCCACAUGAGGCUGUUGCCAGUUAUUGAUCCUGGCACGCUUAAACAACACUGCAUUGCUGUCAACUAGGAAAACAAUUCCCGUCGACGCAGCACGUUCGUAAAAUAUCAUUUGUAAACGGGCUUAGGACGAUUCGCAAACGUGCCUAUUUCACGUCGUGUUCGUUACGUCGAUUGCGAUUUUACCGAUAUUCCAACUUCUCUCGAAAAUCGACGCACGUUCAUCGUUCUGUCAAAAUGUAAAAAAGAUUUCUUUCUUGGUAGCGGUAUCCGGCGGGUGAAGAAGCGAGAGAGAGAGAGAGAGAGAGAGAGAGAGAGAGAGAGAGAGAGAGAGAGAGAGAGAGGGGGAAAGAGGUAGAGUGGUGGGAGAAGGAGUGGGAACAAGAGAAAAGUAGACAGAACGAUAGACAGAGAGGGAGAGAGAAAGAGUGGGAGUGAGAGAGAGUGAGAGAGGGGGAAGGAGAGAAAGGGAGCGAGAAAGACAAGUAGACGAAGAUAGAGAGGGAGAAAGAGAAGUCGAGCAACGUCACAAGAGAAAAGAUCCGUCAUCGGGAUUUUAUUCGCUCCUCUCUCUUUAAUGACAAGAUAGAGAAAGAAUAUAAAAAAUCGACCAAAAAUCGAUUUCUUUUUAUCGUGCGAAUCCUUUUUCUUUUCUUUUUUUCUCUCGUAAGUCGCGCAAGUUCCUUUUUAACGCUACGAGCUCGUAACACGAAGAGACUUAACGCGUUGUCCGUACGUCGGCUGCACAUGUGAUCGUCCAAGGUGUCACCAUCAGCUCGAGAUGAAGAAGUUCACGAUCAAAGGGGUACUCGACGGUUUCCGCUCGUCGGUCCCUCAGCCAGCGAAGUCGGACCAGGAGAUCGUUGAAAAUCUGAGAUCCGAGCACUUUCAAGUCAAAAAGACAUUCAGACAUGGCUUUCCACAUCAACCGACAGCCGUUGCUUUCGACCCAGUUCAAAGGCUCCUUGCCAUUGGUACUAAAUCAGGAUCCCUCAGGAUUCUGGGCAGACCAGGCGUAGACGUUCACGUAAAGCACGAAGGAUGUACGGCAGUGAUGCAGUUGCAGUUUUUGAUCAACGAAGGUGCUCUUAUUUCUGCGACCACCGACGACACUCUUCAUCUGUGGAACUUUCGUCAGAAGAUACCGCAGGUAGUGCAGAGUCUGAAGUUUCAGCGAGACAGGAUAACCUGCAUUCAUCUGCCGCUUCAGAGCAAAUGGCUUUACGUCGGUACCGAACGUGGCAAUAUUCACGUACUCCACAUCGAAACGUUCGUUCUAUCCGGAUACGUAAUUAAUUGGAACAAGGCUAUCGAAGUAUCUAGAAAGACCCAUCCUGGUGCUGUAGUACACUUGAGUGAUAUUCCUUUAGAUUUGAGCAAGAUUCUGAUCGGAUAUGAAAGCGGACAGAUCGUCUUUUGGGAUUUGAAAACGAAGAGCGCGGAUUACAGAUGUCACAGCGACGAACCCUUGAAAUCAAUAACAUGGCAUCACGAAGGCAAACAAUUUAUGUCUAGUCACAGCGAUGGUUCGCUAUUGACUUGGACGGUGCGUCAAUUAAAGCCAACAAAUGUCACGCAUCCACACGCGAAAGCUACCAAAGACGGAGAGCCGGAACCAUGUAAAUCUAUACAAAAAGUGGAAUGGAAACUGUCAAGAUCCGGAGAAGCGUACGUCAUAUUUUCCGGUGGACUAGCGUACGACACAACUGGAAGGACCCCUAGUAUUACAGUGAUACACGGAAAAACCACGACGGUCUUAGAGAUGGAGCACAAUGUCGUAGAUUUUAUAACGCUUUGCGAUAGUCCUUGGACGAGUGAUUUCCAGGAUCCUUACGCUGUUGUGGUUUUACUACAGAACGAUCUUGUGAUCAUCGAUUUGUUAACUCCUGGAUUUCCAUGUUUUGAAAAUCCAUAUCCAAUGGACAUACACGAAUCACCAGUGACUUGUUGUGCGUAUUUCGCCGAUUGCCCGUCAGAUUUGGUACCUGCUUUUUAUUCGGUUGGAUCUAAAUCGCAAAAGAAAACUGGAUUCAGCGAAAAAGAGUGGCCGGUCUCUGGUGGAGAAUGGAGUUCUAGUUCGAGCAGUUACAAUGAAAUUAUUCUUACAGGGCAUGCGGAUGGUAGUAUAAAAUUUUGGGACGCCUCUGCCGGUACGUUACAAGUUCUUUACAAAUUAAAGACGGCAAAGCUUUUUGAAAAGAGUAGAGUCCGAAGCGUGGAUUCGGAGGAAGAUCCAUUGGCGAUACAGCUUAUUUAUCUCUGUCCCGAAAGUCGAAAAUUGGCGAUCGCUGGUUCGGGGAAAUACGUUGUAUUAUUUAAAUUUAAGAAGGCUGAAAGUAUGUCGGAAGUAGUCACAUUAGAGAUAUCAUUGAGCCAAAAUCCAUUGAGAGAAAUAGAAACUUCGCCGGAUCACGAUGCGCCAGCGACGGGCAAUGUUCCUUCAGGCGGAGAGUCCAAACACACAUCAGAACAUAAUCAUCCAUUGAAAGUGAAGACCGGUUUGCAAAAACGAGCUGCUGGUUUUCAAGCAACUUUGAUUUGUCUAACGAUCGCACCGAGCGGGGAGCAACCUGAAAACAUAACAGCCCUCAGUUUAAAUUCAUCUUAUGGAUUAAUGGCCUAUGGAAACGAGACAGGGUUAGUAAUAAUCGAUAUCGUGCAGAAAAUCUCUUUGAUCGUGCUGCACACGACGGACCUUGGCGGAAGCGGUGAUCCUUACCAACGAGUUCUGCGAAGUCCCAAGCGGCAAGAUGAUUCAAAGCGAGAAAACGAAGAUAAAGCAAGGAGCCCGAGUGCGGAUCAGACUCAGCCGGAAGCGACGAGGGAGAACGAGCCGAUAUUAACGAUGCUGCUACCAGAAACACAUCAUCAUCAUCAACAGCAACAACAUUCUCAGUGUCAGCGUGCAUCGCCACGCGAUCCGAGUUGUCCGGUCGGAAGCAAUGUUGAAAAAUCGAGCGAGGAAUCGACGAGCGAGGGCUCGGCGGCCAAGCUCGUCUCUGGAAGUUCAACCGCGUCGAACGGCGAAGACAGCCCGAAGAAUCACGGUUGGAAGGGAUUUCGUCUGAAGCGACAGCUCAGCAAGGUCGAUCUCAAGAUAAAGAAUACGUUUGCGUCGUCCUUGGUGUCAUCUCAGAAUGGGGUACUUCAGGUAGGCAGCGAGAGCGCCCCUCAGAAGAGUUCUUCCGUUUUUUAUUGCAACGUCAAUGAGUCCUCGAGAGUCCUUUCGCCGGUCGAAAGUCUUGAGACUGAGGAGGACGAGUCGGCCUCCUGUGCGAAUCCCUUGGCUCGCGAGAGUCCUCAAGCUUCUUGUCCUCAUGAUACGAAGAACGCAGAUGCCGAAACAGAGAGACAAAGCGGAGGAGUUGAACGUAACGAAUCCGUGGAAAGAACUCACGUGGCGAACGUUACGAGCACGAUGGCCGCGAGACCUUUAGAAUUGUCCUUGCAUGAGAACGAUCGAAAGCCACGAUUGAAGAGGAUAGUGAUGGGGAUACAGAGUAAGAGAGAGGGACGUCUACUUUCCGUGCCUAAUCUGAAAUACCAGAAAACCGAUGGAUCGACCGUUUGUGACCUAAGAUGCGAGGAUAACACGGCACCUGUCGCAGACUCCUUCACUGGAAAUCUUAUAAGAAGAUUCAGCCGGAUAGACAAAUUUGACGGUUCCUUCCAACGAUCACGGAGCUCAAGCAUGUCUUCGCUUGAGAACAUCACCACGGAAACCAUUAGCUGCCUUACGUUCGCUGACUCCUAUACGAAGAAAAGCGAUACCAGCACCUUACCCACUUUAUGGGUUGGUACAUCUUUGGGGUCCAUACAAACCGUCGUAUUCAACCCACCUGUUCCAGGCGAAAGACACGCAUAUCCUGUGGUUGUUUCGACAUGUAAUGGAUCGACGUUCAAGUUGAAGGGUUGCAUCUUGUCGAUGUCAUUCUUGGAUUGCAAUGGCGCACUGAUACCGUAUUCUUUCGAAUCCUGGAAAGAUGAGAACGUCGACGGAGGAAAAGAACGUAACAAGAACCAAGGAAAAUGCAAUAGCCGAUUAUCACCGUCCUUGAACGCUCAAGUUACAACCGGGGAUGGUUUCGAGGAUCGGCAAUUUGUCGUCUUGACGUCUGAGAAGCAAGCGAGGGUCGUGGCUUUACCCUCUCAAGAUUGCGUCUACAGACAACAAUUGGCGGAGACUCAUAUUGUAAUCAAGGCAGAGGUUACGACUUUGAAAGAUAAUGUCUGCCUAGUAUGUUACGUCUCAAAUGGUCACGUAUCUACGUAUAGUCUACCUAGUCUCAGGCCGCUCAUAGACGUCGAUUUUCUACCGCUUACAGACUUGAGUUUUCAGACUACAAAACACGGCAUUGUAGACCCCAUGUUGUCCAUAUGGGGUCAUCAACUGUUUGUUAAUGGCGAUACCGAUCAGAUUGCGAAGACUCUUUGCUUCAGUAAUCGUGGCCACGGUCUGUAUCUGUCCUCGCCUACGGAGAUACAGAAGUUUUCAAUAUCAAGCGAAUUCUGCGGAGAAUUGACCGAAAUGAUGGGAGAUUUGUUUAUCGGUCACGAUAUGCCGGAACCACCUAAGGAAAGUUUCUUUAGGGGCCUGUUCGGCGGUGGUUCGAGAAGUCUCGAUAGAGAAGAGUUGUUCGGCGAAUCGAGUGGUCGUGCAUCUCGUACAGUGGCUAAACACAUCCCUGGACCGAAUGCAGGCACGGAAAAUAUGAGAGAACGCGUUACAGGCAUCACCGGCGAAAUUGCUCAGGCGCAUCACAUGGUAGUGGAGCGUGGAGAGAAGUUGUCGCACCUCGAGGAACGAACGGCUCGCAUGAUGUCCGAGGCUGAAAACUUUUCAACGUCGGCACACGGUCUGAUGCUGAAGUACAAGGAUAAGAAAUGGUACCAGCUAUGAGAGUAUCGCUUUAUUCGAAUCCGGAUACGAUUCAUAUGGACGAGCACGGAAAUAACAUGCAAGAAGUUAGCAUUUGCGAUUCAUCCAUGAAUUCUUCUCUCUUUGUUAAGAAAGCAAAAUUAAGCGUAUUGCAAGCUCUCCAGGUGUAUGCUCGCAUGUAUGUAGGGAUGUAAGAGUGAGUGAGAGAGGGAGAGAGAUUAAUGGGUAAAAAUAAAGUAUAGGGUCGAGGUGCUACAAAAAAAGAGGAAAGCCCCCCGCGUGCGCGCACACAUACACGUACACACGCAUACACACAGACUCCACACACAUUCAUGAUCAUCUGUGCUGGUCACAGGUUAUAGGUACGCACAUUAGCAAGACGAAAUGGAACGGAUGGUAAGGUAAUAAAGCGAUUAUACAUACAAGAUCACUUCAACAACAACAACAACACAACAACAACAACAACAACAACAACAACAACAACAACAACAACAACAACAACAACACAUUGAUCAUAAUCUUUAUUCAAGAAAACAUUAAAACAUGAAAGAGGCGGUUCGAUAUGAGCUUAUAGUACGACCGCUUAAAAAUCAUAAAGGAGUGAGACGACGAUCGUGGUAUACAGGAGUCAAUACGAGCAAUUACGAAAUAAUUCGCCUUUUAAUUGAUGGUACUCGUUGAUUCAUUCGGAUUGUCCUGCGCCAUCUCUAUCGCGUGUUUACAUUACGGUCUUCUGUGUUGUCAAUAAAAUGAGGAAAAGAUGCAACAACGGCGGAUUCGAGUGAAACGAUAAAAACGUCGUUCUACUUUCUCGUCUCGUUUUUCACGAAGAAGAUAGGUAUUUAAUCUCGGAGGGUGGAAGUAUCAAAGACAGCAGAAAUUCGAGGCGCAGCGACGUUAUCCUCCGAAUGUAUUGACAAUAAAAAUGUAGUUAAUUAGUCGAACAUGCAGAGGAUUGGGUAAAAUAUCAAACGAUGAAGUAUAUAUUUUAUCCACGGAGGCGAGUUUUGCAGUAGGAGAAAGGACACUGCGAAACGAGUCACGCCGAUAAGAAUGUAUAAUUGUUAUCGAAUUGUAGUUACCGCUAGACACGCUAAUGUAUAUAUAUAUAAUGGAAUGAGAAAAAAAGAAUACACACAUACAUACACAAGUAGGAAAGAUUAUGCGUUAUAAAAAGCUGUUUAUAUAUAAUAAUGUGUUAUAAGUUACGCUACUUCAGCGUCGUUGGUGAAUUCAACUGAAUUUGUAAUGCAUAAAUGGCACGGAAGGGCAAACUAUUCUAAUUUUAACUGUACGUAUAGACUAGAUAACAUAAAGACAAUAUAUGAUAUACACACGUGCGUUCCGGGCGCGCGCUUGUGCGGCUGCAAAAAAUUCAAUUGAAUUUAUCGAGGCUCUGAAUCGACGUACUGCUUCCAUAGCAAUAAUUGUAUAGUCGAUGUUAAUGGUACUAAUCACUUGCAUUAAUACUUAUAAAUGCAUCCUACAGACGAUUAACUAGAAUGCAUUCUUCGAGUUGUUUAAACUUCGUGGUAUGAUCUUUCUUGGACAAUAUGAAUAUAUUCAAAUCGCAUUGAAUUAAUCCCGUUAUUGUAUCGUGGGAUGUCUUCACUAUCAAUUAUUAGUACAAAACUCGCGAACUCGGCGAGUCGUUGGAGACUUAAUAGGCGACAUUUACGAGAGAAAUAUAAUAAUGGAAACAUGUUAUUCGACGACCGAGGCUACGGAUCGAAUAAAACUUUCGGUUGUUCGGUAGGUACACUACAUUUACGCUAUCCUACAUACAUCUAGAGUCAUUGCUCUUUGGAAAUCGGAGAUUCUGCAUGCGAGCGGUUUAAUGAUAGUAUACUAACAAAAAAAAAAAAAUAUAACAAAUUCAUAAGUGGAAGUCUGUUUUAACGCCCACGCGAAGGGAAUGAACGUUUCGGUUCGAAAAGAGAAAGUGUUCUUUCGGACUACUGUGAAAGUGGAAGAUCGUUUUCUGCUGUAAUAGUGGAACGGUAGUUAAAUGUGCCAUAGUUAUGAAGGAAUGGAAAUAUAUAUUACCAUUUAAGUGUUUGAUAAUAUAAUAUACUCCACAACUUCCGUUGUACACGGUAAAAUAUCAUACUUUACAGAUUUCGACUACUUAUCUGUCGCAUCGGAACCUGCAAAGAUCUGUUUGAGAAUAAUUUCUCGAUAUAUAAAACGUAGUUUCAGUUAUAUUUAAACAUAGCUAACUACAUUCGUUUUGGUUCCUCGAAUCAUUUUCAUACACGGUGCUUGCAAUCUUCGAUUGGUAAUUAUUUAGAUGAAACAGAGCUGAAACUAUCUGUUGUAUAUCUUCAUAUCACGAUACAAACUAUUGUCACGUACUUGAUUGAAUAAACAUUAAUUUUGCCUAUUCCUUGUGCGUGCCGUUACAUGCAUAUAUUAAGUUAUUAUACUCGACUUGAAAUUAUAUUAUAAACCAGCAUUAGUAUUAUACAUAAUGUUAUGUAAAUGAUCUUUUCCAUUUACCUAAUUUACCUAAUUAUACGUGAAGACCAAAGUACCAAGUAGUUCGAAAAACGACCACUGUGACGCUUGCUUCGUUUAAGUCCGAACGCGCGCCAAAAAUGGCUGCCCGAUGUAAGAAAAUUGUGAGUGCUGCUACGAAAAACUUUGCUUAUCUUUUUAUAACGAUCUAUACGAGAGAUCUUUUUAGCUCUACGCGAUAUUCGCUUCUAGGUUUUAUCAAUAUAUUUUUAAUUUUAGAAUAAUGCAAAAAAUUACGUAAAACGAUAUCUAUCGUAAUUACAACAAUGCUAUCGAUUACAAAAGAUAUCUAUCGUAAUUCAAAUUUGACGUUCGCUUGUAAUAGAUAAUACGUUGAUUCAAUUUAUUAUCGAUGUAUUUUUCACGUUCUACCGAAUUCAGUGAUAAUUAUUGUGUAUUCCAUUUCCAUUAACGAAGAUGAGGAAACUCUAAAUAAACAGGAGCGACGAUGGCAACUAUGUAAGCAGGUAACUUUGUUAUUUCUCAGUUAAUAAUUCAUACGAUUUUCUUUGUAUCUGAAGGACAAAUUCAGUAUUUAAUAUAAUAAAUCGAUAUAGGAAACAUGCAA